AUGUCUCUCGGACGAACAGCGAAGCUCAACACGGGCGCUCAAAUCCCUCUCCUCGGCUUCGGCACAUGGCAAAGUGAGCCAGGCCAAGUCGGCGCCGCCGUCUACGAGGCCCUCAAAGCCGGCUAUCGCCACCUCGAUCUCGCCAAAGUCUACGGAAAUCAGAAGGAAGUGGCUGAAGGUAUCAAGAAGGCGUUCAAAGACGUACCGGGACUGAAGCGCGAGGACAUAUUCAUCACAUCGAAGCUCUGGAACACCCAGCACCGUCCAGAACAUGUGGCGGCAGCACUCGAUGACUGCCUUGGAGAACUGGAGCUGGAGUACCUGGAUCUCUAUCUGAUGCACUUUCCAGUGGCUUUUGACGACUCCUCCAAAGAUCCCCACCACACUCUCUUCCCUCUUCGUGACGAUGGCGAUGUGAAGAUGAAUGACGACGUCUCCAUCGUGGACACAUGGAAAGCCAUGACCAAGCUCGACAAGUCCAAAGCUCGCGCAGUCGGUGUCUCGAACUUCAAACCUGAGUACCUGGAUGCGAUUAUAAAAGGCUCAAGCAGCACGCCCUCGGUAAACCAGGUGGAGCGCCACCCAUUGCUUCCUUGGCCCGAGCUGGUGAAGUACUGCAAAGAUAAGAACAUCCACAUCACCGCAUACUCUGGCUUCGGCAACAACAUGUUCAACGAGCCACUCAUCAUCACCUAUCCUCAGGUCAAGGAGAUUGCGGAUCGUCUGAACGGCACACCAGCGCAGGUGAUCCUCGCAUGGUCUCAGGUAGGUGAUCACAGCGUGAUACCGAAAUCCGUGACACCAUCUCGCAUCAAGGAUAACUUCCAAGAAGUCGAACUCUCGGAUGCGGACAUCAAGACCAUCGACAAGAUCGGUGACAAGCCACGACGCUACAAUAUCCCGUACAUUGCUAAUCAGCCACGAUGGCCGGUUGAUAUCUUCGGCACUUCGGAGGAGAAGGAGGCCCCCCACAAGGUCAUUGUCUAA